UUGCAAAAAGCACCUCGUUAGAACUCGGUCUUAGAAUGUUCAGUUCACAGCGGGUGGUGACCCUCACAAGUUAAAUUCCAAGUGUCGACGCGAAGAUGGUGAGCCACUUGAAGUUGCUGCUGCUGAUUUGCCUCCGUACAGUCAGUAAAAUUAGCAGUUUAUCCAUCGUGGGACAAACUGGUCAGAACGUCACUCUGCCAUGCAAGUACAACGUUAAGAAAAAUGGACUUUUGUCGACUUGCUGGGGCCGAGGAGUUAUACCAUUUUCAGGCUGCAACAACCUGAUAAUCAGCACCAGUGGGUUAAAGGUCAUAGGAAAAUCAAACAGGUAUAAGCUACUGGGUCCGCUGAAGUCUGGAGACGUUUCUCUGACGAUCCUGAAUGCAACAAAGUUGGACGGUGGACUGUAUGGCUGUCGGGUGGAGAUCCCUGGUUUUUGGAAUGAUGACACACAUUCCAUCACGCUGACCAUAAAGGAAGCUCCUCAAAUGACCACCACCACUGUAAAGACAGAUGUGUCUACAGAGAAAAUGGCAGCCACCAUUACAGCAGUUGAUAUGACCUCUACGGAAAGCCUUCAAACUUCCUCCUUAUACAACAUCAAAACAAAAACCAAGAAAGGUAUCAGCGUCUCUAUGAUUGUGAUGGGUGUCCUUUUUGGGCUGAUCCUUUUGGCCACAGUCAUCGUCAUCACCGUCAUAGGUAGACGUCGGAAACGACUCCUCAAAAUCCACCAGCAGCAGCCACCCGUUGCUGUUUCCAUGCGGCUCAGCUCUACUUCGUCGUCUCUGCAUUUCCACAAUCACACUUCAGCGGUGGAGAACAUCUACCAGAUGGAUGAAGUGGAAUAUGACUACUUACCCUGACAGUCCCAUCACCUCCAUCUUAACACCAUGCGUCCAAUUCUGACUGACAGGCAUCAUCAAAACAUACCAUUUAAAACGCUAUUAUUUAAUUUGACAAAUAUAAGCAUCGCAACCCUAAUGUGAGUCUUACAAAAGAUAUUUUGUAGGUUCUGUAGAUUUGUGAGUCAGAAAAUAUAUUAAUUAUAUUCAUUUUCAUUAGUUUUCAUCAUAAAUAUAUUUUAUAUUUUUUAUAUUUUUCAAAUGUCUUUUUUAAUAGUGUAUUAUUAGUUUUCAUUAUUCAAGCUCAUUUUGUACUUUU